UCCAUUGACAGUCAGAGCAGACGGAACCAGCAGCAGAGAGCAGCUCGCCGGACAGACGAGAGAAACGAGAAGCGUAAAAUCAGAGAGGAGCUGAGUAGAGCGGGAAGCGAAGAAGCGUCAUCGAAACAAUCCCGAGAACGACAACAUGGCGAAAUUCCUCAUCGUUACGUGCGCUCUUGUUUCCAUAGCAACCCGAUGCAGAGCUAAUCAGGAACACCACGAGGAUCAUGGCAUGGACAAGCGUCUCGACUCGCUCUCCGGUUUCGGUCUCGGCGAACACAAGCGACAGAAUCUCGACCUGUACUCCGGAAGCCUGCUCGGAGGACAGAAGCGGCUCGACUCGCUCUCCGGAUUCGGACUGGGCUCACAAAAACGGCUCGAUUCUCUAUCCGGAUUCGGACUCGGACACGAUAAACGCUCAGGAGACCUUGACUCACUUCUCGGGAAGACGUUCGGUUCAGAUAAGAGCGCGCGCGAAUUGAACAAGCUGGCCCUACUCGGACGCAUGCACAAGAGAUUCGACCCGAUCGAACAGGCCGGAUUUGGCUCCUUUGCAAAGAGAUUCGACCCCAUUGAACAGGCUGGAUUUGGCUCCUUCGCCAAGAGAUUCGACCCCAUUGAACAAGCCGGAUUUGGAUCUUUCGCGAAGAGGUUCGACCCAAUUGAGCAGGCCGGGUUCGGUUCAUUUGCAAAACGCUUUGAUCCCAUUGAACAGGCCGGGUUCGGUUCGUUUGCCAAGAGAAAACGGGAAGCUAUCAAAUCUAUGUAAAGAACGGUUUAGGUGACGUAAGAAAGAUGAUUAUAGAUCUCUAUCCUUGCGGACUUGACCGUCAGCAGGAUGAGAUUGGCCGCGAAAUGUUGUUCUGAAUCAAAUCACUAGCGUUUCACUUAACAUCAGCUGGCGAUCAAAGUGUUCUCGCUGAAGACGCCCGCAACGCCCUCUAUUUUUAGCGAUGUCAUCGGUAGCCAUUCUCUCUCAAAGUUGUACGCUAAUCAUAAUAAAUCAUCGCCCGUUAAAACUACCGUUAAAAUAUCGUUGUUUAUCUCUUCAUCGAUGAAUUCCAUCGCACUGUGUGUCGGUACACAACACAGCACCGCGGUGACGAGACCAAUAGCAUCAUCAAGCGACAUCCAUGAUGUUUCGAACGCGGUAGUCGGUCCUGCCAGUAGCCGCGGUGAGAGAAGAAACGACAAGAAGCCAGUUUUAGAAACAAAAAUUAGUCAACGGUAAGGUGAUCGCUCGACCUUCUCUCUUCGUAAACGGGAUAUGCCUAUCGUAUGCUCACGCUCGCUCAUACCUGCAUGUCAUUAGCGACAUGUAUAGUGGAGUACUAUCCCCUAACAAUGCAUGCAUUGCAGCGUGAACGAUAGAAAUAUACAUCUAAUUAACCGCUAGUGGCUACGAUCCUUUCCGUCGCUCCCGCCCAUCGCCACCGCUGUCAAAAGCAAACAGACGCCGGCCUCUCUCGCGCCGUUUCUCUCAUUUACCUUGCCGGUUAAUUAGAGCAAGUAUGUACAAAAUACUAGCAGGGUGUCGAUCGCGCAAACACCCCGUGGCAGUGUGGGCGUCAGAACGCAGCCACAGCCCACGCAGACACACACCUGCCCGUGACCUCAAUGACCUCCGAAUAAUAGUAUUAGGCAUAUUUAAAAAUUCGACCAGUGAACACUGAAUAGUUUUUCUUCCGCAAUGUGUCGCUUAUGCAAAUGAACUGUCUAACAAUUCUCGUUAAUCAAUGACCCCGCCCUAUAAAAGCUGGGACGGGAAUGUUAGGCAAUAUAGUCGUCAUAAAAUCGUACUACGUGUCAGCUAGAAAGUGGCAAUUACCAUGUAAAACUUUGCCAUUUGGAUGUUUGUCUCCGAUUUUUUUACUCUCAAAUGAAUCUCCCUUGGGCACAAUAUAAUAGGAGGUAUAAUGUAUGAUCUCCAUGUGUACGGCAGCCUGGAAUUGCCUGCAGGAGACUAUACUUACUUAUACGGUAGUAGUUUUUAAAAUGGCCGCGCAAAUUCCCGUAUGUUGAGAUUUAAUCCGGUUAUAUUACCGACAAAGAACCGCGUGAAGAAAAGCGCUUAAUCGGCGUAUGGUAUCAGAAUCUCUCUCACGUGUCUAAAACGAAAAGGAAAUGUGUACUCGGUAGAAUUAAAAGCAGGUCUGCUGCAAUAGCUUCCAUUCGAACAUGGUAACGUCCUUUGCUACACGUGUAUUGGUAACCGCGUGAACUAACAAUAGUUUCAUUAUUGUUAAUUCUUAUGCAAUAGGUGCAUGCAUGACUUGUACACAUGAUCGACGUAGGUUACAAUCGUCACUCGUUCUACGGAUGUCCACCGAACUACGUUUCUCUCGUGUCAGUUUCGGUAAUAUUCAGCGAGAAGAGAACUGAAUUUGAAUUGCGAAGUAUGCCCCGCGCAUUGCGAUGAUAUCUUGCGAUGAUCAGAGAACGCAGUGGUACGUAGCGACCCAGCCUGUACAUAACAGGAAGUAGCAACCCCUUGUUACCUCUAUUACGUAGUAGGGGUUGAAGUGAUCAUAUUCAUGAAACGUCAUAAUAAUAAUAACGUGGCUUCACGAUGUUUGGAAAUAAAACCAAGUUAAAACUAA